AUGUCAGAUUCUGAAGUCCAUAAUGUAACAGUGCCGGCUAACUGCAACUUCUUUAAAAUCUCCUCAAGACACCACAAUGGGGAAAAUCUUCCAAGUAAUCGUAUUGGGUUUUAAAGGAGAAAAAUUUGCAAUUGAUGUUGCAAAAGAAGAGAAGCAUUUUAAUGAAAUGACUGUUCUGGAGUUCAAGAAGAAAUUGAUUUUGAAACUUCCAGGUCACUCAGGUGAUACUGAUGAGCUGCGCUUGCUUUUUGCCAAAACUCAACUGGAAGAUGCAGAUAAAUUCUCUGAUCACCAGAUUAAGGACAAGUCUACAAUCAUGAUGGUUCUACGUCUACCAGGAGGACUGGAGUCUUACAAGAUUGAGACAAACUAACAUCUGAAGCAAUUCCAGGAGAGAGUCCUAAAAAAUGCAUAUAAUUGCGUGCUAACGUCCAGUUCUCCUAAUUUGUCAUCUAACUAUAGAAGUUGUCUUAGUGCGUAGUUGUACUCUUUUUUAUUCUGCCUCGGGAUAUAGAGCAAUAGAUAUAGAUAAUACAGUAUUUAUCACCCAUCCAUUGUUGCUUUGAAAGGGUGAUGUUGGAUUUUCUGGUUAAAUGGCUUUGUGUUGACUGUGAUCCCAAGAUGUGGGGAGGGAAUUUUCAUAAGAAUAUAAAUGUUAAACAAUGUUUUAAAAAUCUGUAUGAAUGUGCUCCGGAAAGCCCUUCUCAUUUUAUUCCUAUUAUAUGCAAAUUAAGUCUCCUCCAUUGCGAUUAAUUCAUAUAUAUAUUUGGGUAAAUUAUAAAUAUCCUCAAGUGCUCUUCGGGCUACACCAAAAUAAAAACACAUAUAACAUUGCCCUAUAUUUCAAACAACCUGUUUAAAAUGUUACUUGGAAUGUCUUCAUUGUUUCAAUCAUGAUCUAAUAGAAACAAAUGUGUUGUUUUCACCGUGAUUAAAAGCCGAUGUGAAACCUCCAUUAAGAAUAAAACAUUUUUUUGUUUGUGAUAUGUCUGACAUACGUGGAAACCCAUAAACAUGCUUAAGAGUGUAUUCAAAUUAAACUACUGAAAAUUCC